GCUCUAGCGACAAAUCAGCGGAUUGACCAGUAAAUUUGUACCGCCGCAGCCAAUCCGACCACGACUACUCGCGAGAGCAUCCCAAAGUUUGACGGCAUGCCGAUCUUCUACGAUGCAACGAAGACAGACCCGAUCCCAUGGUGGCGCCAGUACGAGUUGAAGUUGGACGUUCACUACGUCAUCAUCCCGAACCGGCACGGAUACUUAUACUCCCGCUCAGGGGCCGUGUGCCAGGCAUGGUUGGACAACAUGUUGUCCACGCACAACGUCGCAGUCUCCGAGCUGGAUACGAAGAUCAGCUGGGCUGAUCUCAAGGCGGCAUGGCAUAAGCGGUUCCAAGUGGAGCCGCCCGAGCUUCAUGCAGCCGAGAAACUUCAACAGUUCUAUCAGAACGACCUGCCAAGCACGGACUGGAUAACCGAGCACCAACGCUUGGCAUCCACGCCCAACAUGCCGUCGACAAUUGUCGCUAUCAAGCACUUCUUCAUCAGGAGGAACGCCUUGACGCAACGCUGUGGGAUUCCGGAUCUCAGGGGCGACUUCAUUCACCCACGUGUGGUGAAAGAAGCCCGCUUACCCACGACAGGGUCUCCGACUCCCAUCUCCGUUACCCUAGGGGAUGACAAGACCCAACGCUUCUUCGAUCAAACGGUCACCGACCUCCCUUUCUUUCUCACUCUCGAGCCGACUGAUUGUCCCCUGGCAUCUCGUCGCCACCGCUCCUCUGCACAUUUCGAUGUGAUGGAGACAAGGUACGACUUUAUUCUCGGCACUCCGUGGUCUCGUCGGUUCCACAGCACCGAGGCCGAUUCGGCGACCAACACUCUCGUUCUCAAAACGAAGUGUGGACAGACGUAUCACGUACCUUUCAUAGGUACCACCGCGACACCACGCCCCGAUCCUCCUCCCUCGGAGCCCUCCAUGCCCACACCAUCCCCUUCUAUCACUGUCACCUCACCUCGGCAGUUCGCUCACUUCAUCCGACAAGACGACGUCACCUUCUUUAUGGUGAAUGUAACGGAUCUCUUACACUAUGAUCCACCCUGUCUCGACGCCGAGCUCAUCCCUCUGGAGCCAGAUCCUCCUGUCUCCAUGACUCCCAUCUCUACUUCCCACCAUCCACCGUCCGUCGAGUCCACCUCGCCGUCGCGAGCGGACGCUGACGCUGAGGAACUCGCACGAUAUACGACUGACCUGGAGCCCGCAGUUCGUGACCUCAUUCGAGAGUACCACGACGUUUUCCCAUCGUCGUUCUCGUACGCCGGCAUCCCACCGAUGCGUGACGUCGAGCACUCCAUCCAGCUCGUGCCUGAAUAUCGUGUUCACCACCAGGCAUCCUACAGACUCUCGAUCCCCGAGGCCACCGAACUCGAGCGUCGGCUUGAGGAGCUCCUGAGGCUGGGUUUCAUUAAACCCAGCAACUCCCCGUGGGGUGCACCCGUCCUCUUUGCUCGUAAAGCGGAUGGAACUCUUCGUCUCUACAUCAACUAUCGCGGACUCAACCGCUACACGGUUAAGAACAACUACCCCAUGCCUCGUUCUGAUGAGCUGUUCGACCGCCUAGCGAGCAACCGCUUCUUUACGAAGAUUGAUCUUCGUAGCGGUUACCACCAGAUCCGCAUCGCUGCAGCCGACCAGCCGAAGACAGCUCAGCUCCUGCCCGCCGAGAUAAACUACACCGCUGAUGAACGUGAGGUUCUCGCAGUAGUUUAUGCCACUCGGCACUGCCCUCACUACCUGCACGGGGCACCUUUCACGAUCCAGCUCUCUUCCAUCUCGGUCACCACCGUCCACCACUCGGUGAUCGACGAGUUUCGCACUCAGUACCGCCACUGCCCCAACUAUCGCGACAUCCACGCGACCCUUCGGAGUGGCAAGACCGUCCCGAACUACUCUCUCGAGGGCAACGGUCUCGUGUACUGGCACGGUUCACAGGGCACCAGACAGCCCCGUAUUUGCGUUCCCUCCACUGGACAACUACGUGUCCGAGCAGUAGCAGAGUUCCAUGACCAGGCAGUCGUCGGUCAUAUGGGCUUCCACAAGACAUUGGCUCGUGUGAGCCGCCUGUACGUCUGGCCGAAGCGCAAGGACUUUGUUAUCAAGGACUACGUCGCAGAGUGUCCCACAUGUCAGGAGGUGAACAGUGCGAACCACUUGCCUUAUGGUUUGCUUCAGCCUCUUCCUAUCCCUCAGGGUCGUCGGCAGUCCAUCUCGAUGGACUUUAUCGGUCCUCUUCGUCCACCGACCCCUCGCGGUCAUGAUGUUAUCCUGGUCGUCGUCGACCGCUUCACAAAGCGUGCACGCUUUGUUCCGUGUCGCUAUGCCAUCAGUGCACGUGAGGUCGCGGACAUCGUGUUUGACAGAGUCGUGCGCGACCACGGCUUACCUCUGAGCAUCAUAUCUAACCGUGACCCGCGCUUUACUAGCCGAUUCUGGCGACGGCUCCACGAGGUGUACGGCACUCAGCUCCGCUUCUCCUCGACUCUCGGRGAUAUUCUCCGAAAGAUUGUUCGUGACGACCAGCAGUGGGAUCUCCAUCUUGCCCACGCGGAGAUAGCCUACAACCACGCUGUCUCGCCAGCCACGGGGAUGUCGCCUUACUAUUGCGACCUCGGCUAUCACCCUCGUGUUCCCGCGGACUUCCUUCGACCGUCACAUAUAUAUCUCGCGCUGGAUGAUUGGGUUGUACACAUGACGUCGAUCAUGAAGACCGCACAUGAGCACAUAACCGCUUCCCAGACUCGCAUGGCCGCACAUGCGAACCGAUCGAUGUUGGAUCAUCCAUUCAAAGUCGGUGAUGACGUGCUUAUCGACGCCCGCCACUUACAACUCGAAGCGGACACGCUUCGCAAGUUUCGGCGUCGCUUCUUUGGCCCAUGCCGCAUCCUCCAGGCCGUCGAUUCUGAUACGGCAUCUAGCCCGGUCAGCUUCCGUGUGAAGCUGCCCGACUACGUGCGCCAGGCUCGUGUGCACGAUGUCUACCACGUCUCGUUACUGCGUCCUUACCUCAGACCGUCUGAGCGUUUCGUUGGACGACCAUACGAGUACCCUCCACCCAUCAUCGUGGACAGCCACAAGGAGUUCCUUCUUUCAAACAUCAUUGGUCGCCGAGUCACCGACGACAACCCUCCCCACGUCGAGUAUCUCGUACGUUGGAAGGGUUAUCCUGAUAAGGAGGCCACCUGGGAGCCCCUCGAGCACUUGCAGCACGCUCGCAUGUUGGUGCGUGCCUAUGACAGUGCUCCUCGUGCUGGGUUCAUUGCUCCUCAGCCCACUGACCCUCCUUCUCCCCCGACUGCGGAGACCGCUGAAGUCCUGCUCGAUCUGAGGCACACCUUCAGCAGCAGCCGGAUGCUUUUGAGCGUCCACAGCGCACUCGUCGUCGUCCUGCUCGAUACGACGAUUGACUCUGACUUACCUUCCCACGUCCUUGACUUCUCAGUACUCCAUCCAUAUCAGUUUUGCUACUUCAGCUCGUCGACGUUGCGGCUCUUCCUCGACGACAUUCCGAACUUCUCAUCCUGGACGUCAUCGGCAGCUUCACGGACUUCGUCACGAUCAGCUCUGCCUACUUGAGACGUCAUCACUAUCUUACCACUUUACCCUAUACAGCACCCUGCUUGUGUCGCAAUGAUGGUCUCCCUUUAGCCGGGUUCCUCUGAGUU